AUGGCGCCUCCCGAGGGAGAAGCCGGCGAUGCUGCUGGGGCAGAACUAUCCAUGCGGAGAUCUCGCUGGGCCACCCGGAAGUUGACGGUCAAGAGCAGCUCCAUGAAGCGCCUCUCAAUCAUGGGCAGGAAACGCAAUAAGGCGCCGUCGACUGAGAAGAAGAGGGCAUCUGGGGGAACCGAGGACUCUCAGCCGGUUAGAGGCGCGCAAAACGACACCACCAGCAAGGACAACACCAGCGAAGUGGAAGAGCACGGCGAUGGUCCGGGACCGAGGAAACUGUACUUCGGCCUUCCCUUACCACGCGAGCUGCAGGACGACGAGGGCCAUCCAAUACAGCAAUACACUCGAAACAAGAUUCGGACUGCAAAAUACACACCUCUCUCCUUCAUCCCCAAGAACCUCUUCUUCCAGUUCCAGAAUAUCGCCAACAUAUUUUUCCUCUUCCUCGUUAUUUUAGUUAUAUUUCCUAUUUUUGGCGGUGUUAAUCCCGGGCUCAACUCCGUCCCCCUAAUUUUUAUCAUCUGCGUGACGGCGAUCAAGGACGCCGUCGAGGAUUACCGGAGGACGAUUCUUGAUAACGAACUCAACAAUGCCCCCGUCCAUCGGUUGCUGGGGAAGGAGAACGUCAAUGUGCAGGAGGAUAAUGUUUCGCUGUGGCGGCGAUUCAAGAAGGCGAAUUCCCGCUUUUUUGGCUUGAUAUGGCGUGCGAUCGAAAGCCUGUGGAAAAAGGAGGCACGCCCGGCACACAGCACUUUCGCGUCUGCCGAUCCGCGCAUGUCCAUCGAAACCAGGACCGCGCCCUGGGAGUUCGCGGAAUCGUCGAACUCCCGCCAAUCUCUUGGCUCUGGUCAAGAAGAAAUUCAGAUGACGCCAGUACCGUCAUCCCUGCCGCACGAGCCCGAUAUGCCCAGCAUCGCCUCCACCGUGGAGAACGAGGCCAUUCUGUUGCAAAAUCUCAACGGGGACCUCAUCAACCACGAGGCGCCCGUCUCCGGCAAGGCGCGGUUUCAUAGGGACGCCUGGAAGAACCUGGUCGUGGGAGACUUUGUCCGUAUUUACAAUGACGACGAGCUCCCCGCCGAUAUCAUCAUCCUGGCCACCUCGGACCCGGACGGCGCGUGUUACGUCGAGACCAAGAACUUGGACGGCGAGACCAACCUGAAGGUCAGGUCAGCUCUACGCUGCGGUCGAAAGCUGAGGCAUGCCCGUGACUGUGAGCGUGCUCAGUUCAUUAUCGAAAGCGAGCCUCCUCAGCCAAAUCUCUACAAAUACAGUGGCGCAAUUAAGUGGCGUCAAAGGGUCCCUUGGGACUCCAAAGCCGAACCGAGAGAGAUGACAGAGCCCAUCAGCAUCGACAACAUGCUUCUCCGCGGCUGCAACCUCCGGAACACGGAAUGGGCGCUGGGGGUCGUCGUCUUCACGGGCCACGAUACCAAGAUCAUGAUGAAUGCCGGCAUUACGCCAAGUAAGCGGGCCCGCAUAGCGAGGGAGUUGAACUUCAACGUCAUUUGCAACUUCGGCAUCCUCCUCGUGAUGUGUCUGAUCGCAGCCAUUGCAAACGGCGUUGCCUGGGGCAAGACAGACGCGUCCCUCUAUUGGUUUGAAUGGGGGUCCCUUGGCGGGACGCCGGGCUUGACUGGCUUCAUCACGUUCUGGGCUGCCGUCAUUGUUUUCCAGAACUUGGUUCCGAUCUCGCUCUACAUUUCACUCGAAAUCGUGAGGACGCUGCAAGCAUUCUUCAUAUACAGCGACGUUGGCAUGUACUAUGACAAGAUCGACCAGCCGUGUAUCCCCAAGUCUUGGAACAUCUCGGAUGAUGUUGGGCAGAUCGAGUACAUCUUCUCGGACAAGACAGGCACGCUCACGCAGAAUGUCAUGGAGUUCAAGAAGGCUACUAUCAACGGUCAGCCGUACGGCGAAGCUUACACCGAAGCUCAAGCCGGCAUGAACAAGAGGCUGGGCGUCGACGUUGAGCAGGAAGCAAAGACCAUCCGGGCUGAGAUCGCCGAGGCCAAGGUCAAAGCGCUUCGGGGGCUUCGCGAGCUUCACAACAACCCAUACCUCCACGACGAGGACUUGACUUUCAUCGCCCCCGACUUUGUCGACGACCUCGCCGGCCGAAACGGCCCUGAGCAGCAACAAGCAAACGAACAUUUCAUGCUGGCUCUUGCGCUCUGCCACACUGUCAUUGCCGAGAAGCAGCCAGGCGACCCCCCAAAGAUGGUCUUCAAGGCCCAGUCCCCAGACGAGGCGGCUUUGGUGGCCACAGCGCGUGACAUGGGCUUCACUGUGCUCGGCACGUCCAAUGAUGGAAUCAACCUGAACGUCAUGGGCACUGACAGGCACUACCCCGUCCUCAAUACCAUCGAGUUCAACUCGAGCAGAAAAAGGAUGAGUGCCAUUGUCAAGAUGCCAGACGGAAGGAUCAUUCUCUUUUGCAAAGGUGCCGAUAGUGUUAUAUAUGCUCGUCUCAAGAAGGGCGAGCAGGCCGAACUGCGGCAGGAAACGGCGAAGCACCUUGAACUGUUUGCGGUCGAGGGUCUUCGGACGCUUUGCAUUGCCCAAAGAGAACUCACCGAUGAGGAGUACCGUGAAUUCAGGAAGGAGCACGACCUGGCCGCCACUGCCUUGGAGAAUCGCGAGGAGAGGCUUGAGGAGGUCGCCGAUAAAAUCGAGCGAGACCUCACCUUGUUGGGAGGUACUGCCAUUGAAGACCGUCUCCAAGAUGGCGUGCCAGAUACGAUCGCGCUGCUGGGUGAUGCCGGAAUCAAGCUUUGGGUGCUCACGGGCGACAAGGUCGAGACGGCAAUCAACAUCGGAUUCUCGUGCAAUUUGCUGAACAACGACAUGGACCUCAUCCGGCUGCAGGUCACCGAGGACGAGGCUGGCUUGGCAGCCGAAGAAGAGUACCUAGCGAUUGCCGAAGAGCAGCUCAACGCCAGCCUCGCCAAGUUCAACAUGACGGGCAGCGACGAGGAGUUGAGCAAGGCGAAAAAGGACCACGAGCCUCCUGUGGCCACACACGCGCUCGUCAUAGACGGCUUCACUCUUCGGUGGGCGCUCAGCGAUGCCCUGAAGCAGAAGUUCUUGCUUCUGUGCAAGCAAUGCAAGUCUGUGCUCUGUUGCCGUGUCAGCCCGGCACAAAAGGCCGCCGUCGUUGCCAUGGUGAAGAACGGCCUGGACGUCAUGACCCUCUCUAUAGGAGACGGAGCCAACGACGUGGCCAUGAUUCAGGAGGCGGACGUGGGCGUCGGUAUCGCGGGUCUGGAAGGGCGGCAGGCCGUCAUGUCGUCCGACUACGCCAUCGGGCAGUUUCGCUUUUUGCAGAGGCUGGUGCUGGUGCACGGUAGAUGGUCAUACCGGCGUCUGGCCGAGACAAUCAGCAAUUUCUUUUACAAGAACAUGGUGUGGACGUGGGCCAUUUUCUGGUACCAGACGCUCUGUAACUUCGACAUCUCGUACAUCUUCGAGUACACGUACAUCCUCCUGUUCAACCUCUUUUUCACAUCGGUCCCGGUUAUUCUUAUGGGCGUCCUGGACCAGGAUGUGAGCGACACGGUGUCGUUGAAGGUGCCCCAGCUCUACCGGCGCGGUAUUGAACGAAAGGAGUGGACUCAAACAAAGUUCUGGGCGUACAUGGUUGACGGUGUCUACCAGUCCGUCAUGAGCUUCUUCAUUCCUUACAUCUUUGUGAUAUUCACCGCUACCGCUGCCGCAAGCAGCAUGGAUGUCGCCGAGCGCACGCGGCUGGGGUGCUACAUUGCCCACCCAGCCGUGUUCACCAUCAACGCCUACAUCUUGAUCAAUACCUACCGAUGGGACUGGCUGAUGCUUCUGCUCGUUGUAAUCAGCGACGUCUUCAUCUUCUUCUGGACCGGGGUGUACACGGCGUUCCCAUACGCAGCCGGUUUCUACCAGGCUGCGCCUCAGGUCUAUCAAGAGUUGACUUUCUGGAUGUGCAUGAUCGUCACUCCGACCAUCUGCCUGCUUCCGCGCCUCGUGGUCAAGACGGUACAGAAGCAGCGGUUCCCCUACGAUGUGGACAUCAUUCGAGAGCAGGCCAAGCGGGGAGACUUCCCAGACGCCGACGCGACCGCCGCUGCCGCGACGGGAACAAACGAGGGGGUUGAAGGCACAUCGUCCAAGACAUCAUCGUAUUCCUCGGGCAAGAAUUCCGGCCGAAGCAGGAAGGCGAAGCAUGCCCAGUACGCCAGCGUGGACGAGGACAGGCGGCCGAUCUACCCGCCGUCGAUCGCGACGCACAACACGCGCACCCAGAACGGGAGCGACGGGACAAACUACAUCAUGCAGAGCCGGGCCUCGGCCGAACUCCAGCGAGACUUGCAGCAGCAGCAGCAAGACGACAUGAUUGGAGAGGAGGCCGAGCGAGCGUGCACCCGGCCAUCCAUCGACCGCUGCCGGCCGUCGUACGACAGGAUACGGCGGUCCAUGGACCGGGUCCGCCCCAGCUUUGAGGCCAGCAACGACUUCACGUCGGCCGCCCGCCUCAGCAGGAUCGAGUCGACGCAUUCGGCUCGGGAAUUGCCGACCGGGCAGCGCCGAUUCAACCUGGCCACGGUCAGAAAGCGAGGGCUUUCUGCCUUCUCCAAGAAGAGCGUUGACCAGUGA